UAAAUAUUUAUAUAUGAACAAAAAAAGCAAUUUAAAUUUUAGUAUUAAAAUGAUAGAUUAAGCCAGACAACAAGCGUGGCAAAUGUGCUAGUGUAAACAUUAACUAAAGUCAUGUAAAUCGAAUUAAUAUGACUGCAACUUUGGAAAGCAAAGCGCACACAUCGAUGGCGCAGCGUGAUCGCUCUUAUCCUUGAAAAUAAUAUGUAUUCUUGAAAAUUUGUGUACUUAGUUCAGUGUUCAACAUGGGUCAGAGCAGCUCCAAGCGUAAGCAUAAAUGUAAAAUGAAAUCGAGAGGAGUUCAAAUGCACAGCUCUUUAGAGACUAUUAGAAAUGAGAACGAAGACCAUUUGACCCAUUUAACGUAUCCAAUACAUGUUGAUAAUAAUUUGGUGCCAGGCUGGAUAAACAAGUCGCAAUUUUUAGAAAUACUUAGUGCCAAUGUGCCAGAGUUCUCGAAGAUCGAAAACUUUUGCAUCAAACCAGCCACAACGGCUGGCGAAAACUAUUCCUCGUUGAUAUUGCGCAUAAGCAUUGAUGUUAAGCUGACAGACAAAAGCGUCAAGUCCAUGUCAUUCAUGAUGAAAGUACCACAUGAAUCAGCCAAAAUGCAGCAGAUGCUAAAGACUGUAAAUUUCUUUACUGUCGAGAACGCAACCUACACAGAGCUCAUAUCCAGGUUCGAGGAUCUCUAUAAAUCGAUAGGUAUGAACAUCAAAUUUGCACCACGUGCCUACAAGUUCACGGAGAGCCUGAAAAAGGAACCCAAACUGGCCAAUACGGUGCUGAUGCACGAUUUGAGCCAGGAUGGUUAUAGAAAUGUGAAUCGCCUAGAAUGUCUCGAUGUGGAACAGUCCAAAAUGGUGCUGCGCAAACUGGCACAAUAUCAUGCAGCGGGUGCACACUGUCGGGUCAUCAAUGGACCCUACCCGGAACUGUUUACGCAGCCCAUGUUUGGCUCGAACAAGGAGAGAGCCAUUUCCAUACUGGAGGGCAUAAUGGGGCCAUUCAAGAAAAUGUUUUUGGAACAUCUUAACUUCUAUAAGGAUGGAGAGAAGUACAGCGAAAAGUUUGCAUUACUCUUCUCCAAAAUGAGCAGAAAGUUUUUGAGACUCAGCACAUUCGAUCCAACCGAAUUCAAUGUGAUCAAUCAUGGCGAUUGUUGGAUUAACAAUCUACUCUUUAAAUUCGGUUCCAAAGGCGAGCUGAUCGAUAUGAUUUUCGUGGACUUUCAGUUGCCAAAAUAUGGUCACCCAUCGGCUGAUUUACUAAACUUUAUCAUGACCUCGGUUCACAUAGAUUACAAGCUAAAAUAUUUUGACUAUUUUAUAAAGUAUUAUCACGAUCAACUGAUUGAACAUCUGAAACUACUGGAAUAUGAAGAUCGUCUGCCCACGCUGGCGGAGCUGCACAUGCAAAUCUAUAAAUAUGGUAUAUGGGCGAUAACAGCCUCUGUCAUGGUCCUACCCAUUGUCCUAUUGGAUCAGAAUGAGGAAACGAGAGAGUACAAGAGUCAACUGUACACGAAUGAGCGCUACAAGGCUAAUAUAGAACAGAUAAUGCCCUGGCUGGACAAUCGUGGCCUAUUGGAAGUAUAGCAGCAAAAUAACAUCCGAUUCGAUAAAUAACAAAAUAACAACACAGCAAGAACUUUAGUUUUGGGAGAAAGGCUGCAGGCGGCAAACAAACCCCGAUUUGGCCGUUUCAGUCCGUUCCAACGAUUUUAAACUGCAUAUUUAUUUAGUCAAUAUAUAUAUACUUAUCAUUUAUGCUAAAAUUAUUUUGCUAAUCUAUGCUAUUUGGGAUUUGAAACGUAAAAUUUUAAAUUAUGACAGCUUCUGGUAGAGAUUGGCUGAAAGACCCAGCCUUUAGGAAAACAAUAAUGCAAAUAAUCAUGCCUUAACCUAA